UACGUUCUGAGCGAACAAUUUUUCAGACGCGCACGGGAAUGUGCUGUCCCGGCUUACACAGUUGAUGAGCCAGUGUUCAGUCAGUGAAGACACCAUUGACAACGGUACAAGUGGAAUACGAAUUUUCGGACACAAUUAUUCAAUUAAAGAGCAUAAUCAUGGCAGCCCAUCAGUACUAUCAUGUCCAGUGUACCCCAACGGUGUACCCAGCGGAGCCAUUCGACCCAGAAAAUGACGCUCAACUGCUGCGUUCUGCCAUGAAAGGUUUCGGCACCGAUGAACAGGCAAUUAUCGACGUCUUGGCCCACCGCGGUAUCGUCCAGCGUCUUGAGAUUGCCGAUAAAUUCAAGACAAUGUUCGGGAAGGAUUUGAUCUCCGACCUGAAGUCUGAGUUGGGUGGUAACUUCGAGAACGCUAUCGUGGCAUUGAUGACACCCCUGCCUGAGUUCUACGCUCGCGAGCUGAAUAACGCGAUAUCUGGAAUGGGGACUGAUGAAGAGACUAUCAUCGAAAUUCUUGCGUCCUUGAGUAAUUACGGAAUCAAGACGAUUUCAGCGGUUUACAAAGAUUUAUUUGAGAAUGAACUCGAAGAUGACCUGAAAGGAGACACCUCCGGGCAUUUCAAACGUCUCCUCGUAUCGUUAUCAACCGCCAAUCGCGACGAGGACCCGGACGUGGACGAAAGAGCCGCUUUGGAGGAAGCGGAGAGGCUCUUCCAGGCCGGUGAAGGCCAGUGGGGGACCGACGAGAGCGUCUUCAACUCGAUCCUCAUAACCAAGAGCUAUCCCCAGUUGCGCAGAAUUUUUUAUGAGUACGAGAGAGUGUCUGGAAGCACUAUCGAAGAAGCCAUCAGACGCGAAUUUUCGGGGCCUCUUGAAGACGGUUACCUCGCAGUUGUCCAAUGCGCCCGAAACAAGACUGAUUAUUUCGCUGAGAGGCUCCACAAGGCAAUGGCUGGAAUCGGCACAACCGACUCCACCCUGAUUCGCGUCAUCGUCAGCCGUUCGGAAAUCGAUCUCGGGGACAUCAAGGACGCCUACCAACAGAAGUACGGAAAUUCCCUCGCUGCCGAUAUCGAUAGUGACACGUCCGGUGACUACAAGAGACUCUUGCUUGCUUUGACUGGCCAAUAAACUUCCACAUAACUAUUAUUUUCAUAUUCACGUUGUGUCUAAUGCUAUGAGAAAUUAUUUAUUCACGGAGCGACUGCAGCGAUGAUUUCAAACAGCUUCUUUUAGGCCUGAUAAAUUAAUCCGCAGGCAUUGCGUUUUUAAUCCAUUUGUGUCAUUAAAGUGGAGAGAAACUACUCCGUUAAUUGUUCUAAUUGGCUAUAAUAUAAUUACUCAUGUUGCAUGUUGAAUAUGUCAUUCAUUGAGUUAAUGAUAAUAGUGUUUUUUUCUGCACUUAGUUGAUUGGGACUUCAAUUAUCGUUUAUUUUCACUUGUGUGGUAUUUCAAUAAAUCAUUAAUAAAAACAAAGAA